AUGACUCAUGAUGUAACUACCUGUUACAGCUAAAUACCAAAAUAUGGUUAUCCAGGACUGUUAGGAGGUUCAUAAAGCAAUACUUAGUUUGAAUGCCUAGAUUAUGAUUCAAACAAUCAAAAUAUAUUGAUUGGUGGAUGGUCUUCUUCAAGUGAUUUGGUAGGAUCAGCCUAUCCAAAGAAUCCAAUAAUACUCAGAAUAAAUGAAAAUAAUGGAAGAGUUAUUUGGGAUAUCAAAAUUCAAAAUAUAGGUGGAGCUUAAAAUCCUCUAAUGGCAUCUAGAUGUGCAAUUCAAGAUACUGCAUAAUAAUAUGUAGUAGCAAUUUCAACAAUAUCAAGUAUCAAUGUGUUCAUCAUGCAAUAUUCAAACGGACUACUAAAGUUUAGUUAUGUACUGUAUAAUACAGCUACUUUUUCCUCAUCACUGUUUGAGACAGGUAUUGAUGUAAAAAUGGAUUCUGCUGAAAAAAUUUACUUGCUAUCAAAAGAAACUGGCCUUACACAUUUGUCAAUUUUCUAAUUUACAGGAGCGACUGGGUCAAUAACUGCAACCUUUUAUUAUGAGUACGGGGAUAAUUCUUUGCAAGUACUAAAUAUAGCAACAGCUAAAUUUCAUCCUAAUUUUGACUAUCUUUAUAUUGGAGGUAACUAUUAAGGAGAUUUAGCUCUGAUAAAGAUAAACAUUGCAGAUGGAACUUUUCUAACAGGGACAGCAGUUCCACAAUCAGGUACAUCUUCCAAUGAGCUAAUCAGCUAAAUCGGUAUUUAUAUUGAUUCUAGUCUUGAUCCUUAUCAAGUUGCUUGUGCUUAAAAUCUGGGAACUGGUAAUGAUAUUGGUCUGAUGUAUUUUAAAUAACUAUUUGACGGCACGAGUUAACUAUUGUAUACAUGGUAUCUUACUAUGACUUACCCUACUUAUUGCUUGGCUGUUAAUUAUGAUGGAGUAACGAUGAGUUACUUGCUAUAUGAGAGUUAGAGAAGCAGAAAUUAUUUUGGUACAAGAUCAGUAUCAAGUGCGACUAAUUUUGAUCUAAGAGAAAUUUAUUAUGCUUUUGGAAACGGAUUACUUAACGCUUAAAAUGCCUAUCUUGACACUUCAGGUUUGUUCUUUAUUGAUAUUGGCUCACUUCUAAAAAUUAACUCCAAUUAAUACUCAUAAAGUACAGCAUAUCUGGGUCGAUUCCCUGUUGGUCAGAGUUGCAUUUCAUCAAGUUCUAAUACAAAUACCUUUACAUCUAUAUAUUAAGAUUCGUUUAUCACUGGUAAUUUCUAAUAGCAGACUUUAAUUGCUUUGACACCUUUAACAUUAAGUUUUGAAUUGCAAGAAGAUUCUACAGUUGAUAGCUAAGCAUUAACUUCUUUAAAACUUGCUGAGUUACCAGCUGAAUGUCUUGAUUAUGUUUUUGGCACAGGAAAUGUCAAUUCCCCUGUGAUUGGAAAUAGAGUCUAUAAUGUAGGAGAUCCUGCAUUAACUAUUUUUGUAUCUUAGUUCACAUACACUGAACCAUGUAUAGAUACUCCAACUUGGGUGUAUUAGGGAUUGCAAUCAGACUAUAGCCCUUUACCAAGCUUUAUUCAAUUCAUCUAAAUCAGUUAUGGUAGUUAUUUUAGAGUUGAAACUUCAGAUUAGUAGAAUGCUGCUACAUAUCAGUUACUUGUUGAGGGAACUGCUAGUGGCUAAUAUAUUGGGUAUUCAUUCUUCGAACUAUAUGUAAGCUCAACAGGAGGUUCAGUCUCCCCUUUAGAUAAUAUUCUUAGAACCUAUGAAAAUAGAGCACCUUAUUUUGCCUCGAAUUUGGAUGAGAUAAUUUAAAUCAAAUGUAGAGAGAAGAAAAUUAUAAAAAUACCAGAUAUUGUAGAUCCUGAUCUAGAUUAAGUAUCCUUAGUAAUUACUUAAUAAAUUAAAGAAAUUUUACCAGGAUUCAUUUUGCUUAAAGAUAAAAGAUUGAUUAUAGAACCUUAAAACUUGGAUUAUGGAAAUUACACACUUUUAUUCAAACUGACUGAUGAUAAUUUAACAUUUCCAAUGACUAAUUUUUACCAAGUUAUAAUUGUGGUUAAAAGUACAUAUUAAAUUCUAAAAUAAAGAAGUCCACCAAUAAUUCCCAAUCAUCCUAAUAACUCAGUCGAUACAAUGAAUGAAACAAUCAAAAGCUAAAAUGUUGAAAUGACAAUAAAAAGUAUCAAUGAACAAGGACAGGCUCGCAUUUUGAUAAAGGCAGAUAAUUCCAUUGAUUCAUUCUAACUAAAGAAUUAUCUAACAUCGGUUCAGAUUUUAAAUAGCCUAAAUGAAUUAGCUUAUGUAGAGUACAAUAUUACUGGAUUUCAGGAUGGAAUCAUUGUUCUACAAUUAUUACUUGAUGAUGCAUAAUCAAUCUCAAGAUACUAAUCUUAAGAUCAGCUAAUAAUCUCAUACUUUAAAUAGAGAGAACUAAUCACAAAAAUUAGGAAUAUCCCACCACAAACAAAAAAUGAUGUUGAAUAAAAGCUAGUUAAUUCACUUUAAUAAGUAACAGAUAGUAUAUUGACUUCUGUUCUUUAUGGUAGUAUUGGAAUGAGUUUGGUUUUUGGAACGAGUCUACAAUUACUGUGGGGAUUAGUAAAUACAUUAUAAUUGAUGUCACAUACACCUCUUAUGGCUAUCCCAUACAAUAUGCCGAUUCUAUCCUUCUUAAAAACCAUUUUCACUGUGGUCACUUUCGAUCCUAUUGACAGAGAUUUGGUUUCAAACAUUUUUGCUAUAACUUUUGGUACAGUAGUCAUUUUGAUUUGUUUAAUUCUUCCAAUUAUUUUAAGAAAAUUCAAUUAUGAUUACAAGAAUAGAAAGCUUAAAGAGUACUUGGAUGAAAUUAUAGAUCCAUUAUCAGAUAAUGGAGCAUACUCUUCAUUGUAUUACUCAGUUUUCAUUAUAAUGAGCAUCAGACGAUAAAUAGCAAGAUUAAUUAGGAGAAUUAAACUUAAAUAAAUAAGGAAACAGGCUCAAGAGCAACUCAAGCAAAAAUAGUUGACAAUAAUAAACGAAAGUGCAGAACUAUAACUUACUGGCAAGGGUGAUGAUGAUGAAAAUGAUAGGACUAAUAAUUCUCCAAACAUCAGAUUCCAAAAUAAAUCAAAUCUCUCAUUUAGCAAGUCAAAAAGUCCUAAGAAAUUUAACUUUAAUCAAGUUAUAAAUAAUAAUAUUAGUCCAAUAAAAACUGUUUCAAAUAAUUUUUCUCAGAGGGUUAUAUAGAAAAAGUCUCUAUCCUAAACUACUUUGCUGACAUCAAGUACUAAUGCCAGUCCAACUAAAAGGGAAUUGUAAAGAAUUAAAAAUCAAGAGAUAAAAAUACAAAAUUUCAUAGAUGAGGAUCCUCUGGAUGCUAUGAUGAAUCAGAAAUCAAAGAAUAAUAAGUAAUCGUUAAAAAAUAAGGUACCAGAUAGAAGCACUACAAAUCGAUCUUCAAAUAGACAGAGUUAAAAUACAACAUUAAACUAAAAUGAUUCAGAGCAAACCUGGAGUUAAGAAACUUCCAGAUAAAUGAUUCCUAAACAAAGCAAUAGAUAUAGAAGAUGA